AUGAAAUUCUUCCUGCUCGCCAUUGCUGCUGUGCAGAUCCUCUACUGCACAGGACUGCCAAGCACUAAGGAAGCUCUGAGAGCCUCAGUUAUAAAGCUGAACGAAAUCACUGAGAUCACCAACCUCUGUGCAAUAACUGGGAGGAGAGUGACAAAUACUUAUCGCACAAGCAAACAUUCAUACAAUGUGGAUUUGACAUUCUCGGUGAAGGAAACAAUCUGCUCCAAAAGUUCUGGCCUGGAAUUUGAUGAUCCCAGUUGUCGUUUUCGCCCCAAGAAGAUUGGUGAGAAAGGGUUUUGCAAAAGCCGUGUUGAAUAUUUUGCUGAUAAGGUGGCUGACAUUGAUGUGGAGUGUGAAGGUCUGAAGACAGUUGACAGUGAGAGUGACUCUCUAGAGUCAAGUAAAACCAGUAUUGAGCACAGAAACAAAUCCCAAGAAACAUCACUGGAAGAACCAUCAAUGGAGAAAAGCCAUUCUAAAGAGACAUCACUGGAGGAAGCAUCAAAUCUGAGUGAUCACACUGCAAAAAAUAAGGAAUGA